AUGUCAUGCAUAUUCCGGCUUUCUUUGUCGCUAUCUAAAGUCCAUUGCAAGAAAACGAAGAAAUCGUCAUCAUCUGAUCAUGAAGUACGUAGAAGGAGGUGGUAUACUGGUAUUCCAAGUGAGAUCAUUGUGGAAAUCCUGAGCAGGCUUCCGGUUGAAUCGGUAUUAAGGUGGUGCAUAAGGAUCUGUCAUGUUUGGGAUGCAUUGUAUGAAAAGUGUGUUGUCAGUAAGGUGUUGGAGCUUGAUAAACCACUGUUCUCUUUCAAGAGAAGUAGUAGUCCACCUCAUACUGCUGAUGUCGCCGCUUCUUGCAAUGGAUUGGUAUGCUUUCUUGAUUAUGAUCUGGAACGGUUAUCUGAUGAAUGCUACAAGCCCACUCAGAUUCUGUUUAUAUGGAACCCAAGUACUACAAAAUGCCGUAGGUGGUUGUCUCCCUGUUUUUGGAUCGACUAUUAUGGUUUUGGGUACGACAAGUCUAAUGAUGAUUUCAAACUUUUUUCAAUAUCAUCCGAACAAAGAACGUCGCAGAUAUAUUCAUUGGAAACUGGAAAAUGGAAGAGAAUUGGUGAUUUUCCCAAUGGUAAUAAUCGCUUGCUUGGUGUUGACGGUAAGUAUUCGAAUGGAGCUCUUCAUUGGGCAGUUGAGGAUGAUGGGUCUAAUACAUCGGAUGAUGAGGAUUUUUCUUCUUCAUGGAUGAUAAUUUCUCUUGAUUUAGCAACGGAGACAUAUGGUCAAGUUUCACAUCCUGAUCAGCAUGGCCAUGAUGGUUCGAUUUUAGGGGUUCUGCGAAAACAGUUGUGUGUGCUUUGUUACUUUGAUGACCAAAGACGCUCGGAUAUAUGGGUGAUGGAGGUUAAAGAUUCUUGGACUAAACUGGUUUCUAUCCCGGCGUAUAUGCCUGACAACCGCGGUUGGAUGAUGAUGCCUUUGUUUAUUUCAAAUGAUGGGACCAUGUUGUUUCAACAUAAUGAGUGCGGAUUGAUUUCGUAUGAUUCCAAAACUGGUUCAUACUCGGAGAUUCAGACAGACUUAUUUGAUGUAGAAAAACGUGUAUCUCAUGAGAGUAGCGUGGUUUCACCCCUUCCACGCCAUCGGGCCUUGCUAACAACAGCGUCGAUCCGAAUUAAGCAAUCUAUCAGAGCUAUUUGCAAAUACUUUGUAUCAAAUUAA